UGUCACGUCAAAGCCCAGACUCUUUUUUCCCUCUGAAGUUUUGGUUGGUUACUUAAGGAACUACAGAUUUAUCCCCUCAGCUGAUGACUGAAGGUUUUCAAUAACCAAAAUGGAAAGAAACUUAAAGAAUGUUCUUGUGGUAUCCUUUGGAUUUCUGCUUCUAUUUACAGCAUUUGGAGGUCUUCAGAAUCUACAGAGCAGCCUUAAUUAUCAGGACGGACUAGGAGUGGCCACACUCAGUGUUCUCUAUGGAGCCCUGAUCCUGUCUUCCAUGUUCCUUCCUCCAAUUCUCAUUAAGAAAUUUGGCUGCAAAUGGACCAUUACAGCCUCCAUGUGCUGCUAUGUUGCUUUCUCUCUGGGAAACUUCUAUGCCAGCUGGUAUACCUUGAUCCCCACCUCCAUGAUUCUGGGUCUAGGAGGAGCCCCCCUGUGGUCAGCCAAAAGCACUUACCUUACAAUCAGUGGAAAUACGUAUGCACAAAAGACAGGAAAACGUGGGAAAGAUGUCAUCAACCAGUAUUUUGGCAUCUUCUUUCUCAUAUUUCAGUCCUCUGGUGUCUGGGGAAAUUUGAUUUCGUCUCUGGUAUUUCAACAAGAGUCUACCACAGGAGAAAUUCAAGAAGACCAAUUGAUGCAUUGUGGAGCAAGUGAUUGUUUUACAACCAGCACACCUACAAACAAUACUAAGCGCCCAACAAAUGAUUUAGUCUACACCCUGCUGGGCAUCUAUACUGGAAGUGGUAUUUUGGCAGUGUUACUGGUAGCUGUAUUUCUUGAGCAGAUCCCAAAUGAUCAACUGGAAAAUGCAGAAGAAAAGAAAAAAGCAUCUUUUGGGCUCAAUUUCCUGGCAACUUUUAGGCAUCUUAAAGAUAAACAGCAAUGUCUCCUCAUUCCACUGACAAUGUAUAGUGGCUUUGAGCAAGGAUUCCUUUCUGGUGACUAUACAAAGUCAUAUGUCACCUGUGCCCUGGGGAUACAGUAUGUUGGCUAUGUGAUGAUCUGUUUUUCGGCCACCAAUUCCAUUUGUUCUUUGCUGUUUGGAAAGCUCUCCCAGUACACGGGCAGAAUAGCUUUGUUUGUACUAGCUGCAGUAAUACACCUUUCCUGCAUCAUCUCCCUCUUGCUGUGGAAACAUCACCCCAGUCAGAUGGUUGUAUUCUUCAUAUUUCCUGGCCUCUGGGGCAUGGCAGAUGCUGUUUUGCAGACACAAACCAAUGCCAUCUAUGGAGUUUUAUUUGUGAAGAACAAGGAAGCUGCUUUUGCCAAUUAUCGACUUUGGGAGUCCCUCGGUUUUGUCAUUGCUUAUGGGUACAGCACAUUUUUGUGUGUCAGCAUCAAGCUGUACAUAGUACUUGGGGUACUGAUUUUGUCGAUGGUGACCUAUGGGGCUGUUGAGUACCUGGAACACGGGAAGCCACCUGAGACAGUUGCCAAAAAAAAGGAGAGUCAAGCAGAAGAAAUAGUUACUCAAACAAAGAUGUAAAAAUGACAAGGUGCUUGAGGAGAUACAAUAAGAAGGCCUCAGAAUGGUUUUCUCUGUAGAAGCACCAAAGUAUUAAAUU